UCGCCGGUCAUGGGUGGCCUGGCCCGUGGGGGAGCCCUCACGCAACUGCCAACUGCAAGAACAGGGGCAGUGACGGAUCCAAGCCUCAACUUGAUAUCCUGCGAGAUCCCCAGCGAGAAUGAUGGGGUGUUGUACGGUUCGCCCGGUGCCCAACUUCCCCGUACGGGCGUUGACUUCCGCCACGUCCUCGACGGCCUGCAGUGAGAUCGGCGGCCUUGUCUACGCCUCGGCGUUGGCUGCGCACGUCGGUGUGCUACUGGCGCUGAUUCGCGAAGCCGGCAAGCUUCCCCCACCCACUUUUUCUGUCACCAAGUACUCAUCGCAUAUCUCGUCAUCCAGAAAAGUAAGAGAGAAGCGGAUUGAGAUGGAACGUGAUGUGGUCUGCAGAGGCGCGUCAGUGGUGGUGGUCGAUGAUGUUCUUACCAUGGGAAAUACGCUUUUUGCGGUGUUACAGCUCUUGCGCAAAGCUGGAGUCGAUGCGGAGGAUGUCGACGGCAUGGUCGUGGCCAAGUUCCCGUUUCAUCGUGGCCGAGACCUAUUGCGCCGCCUAGGCUUUGGAGGAAUCAAAAUUCAGAGUCUUUUAGUCUUGGGUGGUGCUUGAGAAAGAAAGAAGAGAAUCCUGGAUCGGUCAGUCGUCGACGGCGAAUAAGAACUAGCGCACGCCCUGGGCGGGACCAAUAUCACGAUUUCGCUUCUCUGCGAAAUUUUACAGGUUUUUCGGAAGGUGUACUUAUUCGCGUCAAUGAG